AUAAUUGUAAGCAUUUGCUUUUGAUGCGAACAUUUUACGAUUCGUUUGACAUAUGGUGAAUAUGCCAUCAACAGUGCUGCCAAGUUAUUUGCAUUUGUAUGUCUUUGUUUCUUUGCGGCUGAUUUCUAUUGUGCACAUUCGUUUUACUUCUGCUUAUUGUCUGAACGGCAACAGUUGUGGUCCGCAGUUGUAAAAAGUAAUUUGUUUCAUAGUUAAAAGACCUUCGAUUGUUCGAAAUAAAAGUGGAAUACAAUUGAAAGUCAUCAAUUUAUUAAUAAUUAUUCAAAAUGUCGGAGGUAGAAGCUGUUCAAAUUAUUGCGGAAUCAUUGAAACAACAGGGUAUCGAAUAUGUAUUUGGUAUUAUUGGCAUACCAGUUAUUGAACUUUCAAUGGCCAUGCAGGCCGCAGGACUCAAGUACAUUGGCAUGCGCAAUGAACAAUCUGCUUGUUAUGCAGCACAAGCUAUUGGCUACUUAACAGGCAAACCGGGUGUUUGUCUGGUAGUAAGUGGACCUGGUUUAUUACAUGUUACCGGUGGUAUGGCAAAUGCACAAGUGAAUUGUUGGCCGUUGAUAGUAAUUGGUGGCGCAACAAAUGAAGAUCAUGAAGGUAUCGGUGGUUUUCAAGAGUGCCCACAGGUAGAACUUUCACGCCCUUACUGCAAAUAUGCUGCGCGCCCACCUACAGCUGCACUUAUUCCUUUGCAUGUAGAGAAAGCGGUUCGUUAUGCUACUUACGGCCGUCCUGGUGUUGCAUAUUUGGAUUUCCCUGGCAAUAUUUUGCAGUCCCGUGCACCGGAAGAAAAAAUUUAUAAAGCUUUGGCACAUCCUGCUCCACCACUUGUGUAUCCACCACAUGAUGAGGUAAUACGCGCGGUAAAUUUGCUUCGAUCAGCUAAGCGGCCUUUGGUUGUGAUUGGCAAAGGUGCCGCUUAUGCUCACGCAGAAAAUAUAUUACGUCAUUUCAUUGAAAAUACCAACUUGCCUUUCUUACCAUCACCAAUGGGUAAAGGUGUUGUUUCAGACUCAGCGCCUCAAUGUGUGUCUUCAGCACGUACUUUAGCACUACAGAAAGCCGAUGUUGUACUCCUUUUAGGAGCACGUUUAAACUGGAUUUUGCAUUUCGGUCGUCCACCACGUUACGACAAGGACGUUAAAUUCAUACAAGUGGACAUUUGUCCGGAGGAAUUGCAUAACUCUGUUAUAUCAACAGUGGCGAUACAAUCAGAUAUUAAACCAUUUGCUGAGCAAUUGUUUGAGCAGAUGAAUGCGGUAAAUUUCCACUUCUCUAAUGAAAAUCCCUGGUGGCAACAACUUGCCACAAAAUGUGCACAAAAUAAAGAAGCUGUACAGACAAUGUCUAAACAAAUAAGUGCCCCGUUGAAUUACUACGCAGUAUUUCAUCAUUUACGUGAACUCAUACCACGUGAUGCAGUUAUUGUGAGUGAGGGAGCUAAUACUAUGGAUAUUGGACGAUCUAUGCUUCUAAAUAUAUUACCAAGACAUCGUUUAGACGCUGGUACUUUUGGAACGAUGGGUGUUGGCCCUGGUUUUGCUAUUGCUGCAGCAUUAUUUUGUCGUGAUCGUUUCCCUGGUAAACGUGUGGUAUGUGUUGAAGGUGAUAGUGCCUUUGGAUUUUCAGGUAUGGAAAUUGAAACAAUGGUACGUUACAACCUGCCUAUAACGAUUGUGAUAGUGAAUAAUAAUGGCAUAUAUGGCGGUUUUGAUCAAGACACAUUUGAUGCAAUUCGUAGUGCCGGUGACCUGUCACAGGUUACUCCACCAUCAGCAUUGGGUGUUCAAGUCCACUAUGAAGAAAUGAUGAAAAUGUUCGGUCUGAAAGGUUACUUCUGCAAGGAAAUCGUAGAACUACAAUCAGCGCUUAAAGAAGCACAAAAGCUUACAGAUAAACCAACCAUAAUUAAUGUGGCUAUAAAUCCCUCAUCGGACAGAAAGCCACAAACAUUUAAUUGGUUAACCGAAUCGAAAUUAUAAGGAGUCAUCACUAAUACCUAAACAGCAAUAAAUGUAUCAGUGUUAGAAGAAACUAGUAGCCUUUCAAACUGCAUUCCAAGUAAUUUUUAUUUUUUCAUUUUAAUUUGUGUGUGCGUAGAAAAGUAGAGUUAACUAAAAUG